CCUGUCUCGCCAUGAUGACCUAACAAUUACGUAUUUCCUGGGCCUCACGGAAAGGCUGCGUUCAAUCAAUCCCGGAAGCGGAGUCAAGGCGAAGGAAUCUACUCUAAAGAUGAGCGAACCAGAGCUGCUGCUGGACUCCAAUAUCCGGUUAUGGGUGGUUCUUCCAAUUGUUUUCAUAACAUUCUUUGUUGGGAUGAUUCGUCACUACGUGUCCAUCUUGCUCCAAAGUGACAAAAAGCUCACUAGGGAACAAGUGUCUGACAGCCAAGUCCUAAUUCGAAGCAGAGUCCUCAGAGAAAAUGGAAAAUACAUUCCAAAACAGUCUUUCCUGACACGGAAGUAUUUCUUCAAUAACCCAGAGGAUGGAUUUUUUAAAAAAACAAAAAGGAAGGUAGUGCCCCCUUCUCCAAUGACAGAUCCUACUAUGCUGACGGAUAUGAUGAAAGGGAAUGUAACCAAUGUUCUACCCAUGAUCCUUAUCGGCGGUUGGAUCAACAUGACGUUCUCGGGCUUUGUAACAAGAGGAAGCUGCGUUGAAGAUGAUGAAAGGAACACGUCUGAACAUGCAGGAUCUUCAGAAGAAUCCAUCCUCAACAUGCAGGAUUCUGAAGACUAUCCACCUUCAAGAUCACCAUCAUUUUCUAUAGUUUCAGAGUUAUCUGCCAAUUCUAGUGUUUCAGUCACAUCAUGUAUGUCACAUAGCCAAAGUACAUCACCUGUAGCAAAAAGAAAAAAAAAAAUCUAUCAUCCAGAAAUAAGUUUGUGAUCAGAACCAGCAGAUUACAAAAAGAGGUAAUUGAUGAAAAAAUUGCCCAGUUUCUUUAUGCAAUGAACUCUCCUUUCCGUAUGAUUGAGAACCCACACUUCAUUAAUAUGGUUCAGUCACUAAGACCAGGAUACAGUCCACCCACCAGAGCAGAUGUCGCAGGCAAAUUGCUGGAUACAGCAUAUGAAAGAGAAAUUGAGUAGUGUGCAAAAGGUCUAGAGGGUAAAAUUGUUAACCUGAGUCUCGAUGGGUGGAGCAAUGUCCACAACGAUUCUGUUGUAUGUGCUUGUGUGAUAACAGAAAAACAGAAUGACUUCCUUACAGAAACAAUUGAUACAUCAGGAAAUGCACACAGCGGAAUACUUACAAGAAGUAGCAGUAAAAGCUAUAACAAACUGAAAAAAAAUGCAAAUGUCUAGUGAGCAGCUUGGUCACAGACAGUGCAUCCAAGAUGAGAAGAAAUUUAGAAGAGAGUCUCAAGCUUAUAAAAUACGUUGCAGUGCUCAUUUGAUGUACCUCCUAGCCAAAGACUUCAGUGUUCCAGAAAUAAAGGCUAAAGUUGUUGAAAUUGUAAAAUACUUCCGUAACAACCACUUUGCAGCAGCUACUCUGAAAAAAGUGGGAGGAAGCAAGCUAACUCUCUCACAAGAUGUGCGAUGGAACUCAGUAGUGGACUGUUUUGAGCACUAUAUCAAGAACUGGCCUAAUCUGAUGACAGUUGGUGAACAAAAUCGUGAAAAAAAUAAAUGGCACUGUCACAGUUCUCAGAGAGAGAGGCUUAAGAGAAAUGUUGAACACAUGCUGGAGUACCCUGAAGCCUAUUUCUGUAGCCUUGAGCAAAAUGCAGGGAAAUAGCUGCUUUAUUGCUGACGCUGUUGAAAUUUGUAAGGAACUGAGAUCUUAAAGAGAGAAAUAUGCAAUGACAGAGUUAAAUUACAAGCAUUAAAAAAAAAAAAAAAAAAAAAA